CGUUGGUUGGCGAGAAUGGCGGACGACGAGAACAGCAACAGCACCAGCAGCGUGGCUCGUCAUCAUGCAGCUGGUGGUGAUGCGCAGCAACACCAAGGGCAGCAGCAAGGGCAGCAGCAAGGGCAGCAGCAAGGGCAGCAGCAAGGGCAGCAGCAAGGGCAGCAGCAAGGGCAACAGCAAGGGCAGCGGCGAAGGACAAGCGCGAGGCUUCGACAGCGACCAAGGAAAAGCCUCGCGGAGCCAAGCUGGCUGCAGUCAUCAUCGGAUGAAGACGAUGCAGGAGGAACAGGAGUCCGAGCAGUAGGUGUUGUUAUUGGUGGUUCCCGCCGCACUGCAGGCAGUGACAGCGACGGUGGUGCCGGCGGUGGAGGCGGCAAAUCACCGACAUUCGAUAGCGACAGUGGAGAGAACAGCGAGGACCCAGACUGGGCCACCACGGUGGAGGCCAAAGAAGCCAUGGAAGAGGAGAAGAAGGCCUCCACCAGCGCAGCGCAGAAGAAGGAAAAACAGGCAGCCGCGGCAAGCAAGAAGAAGCAAAAGCAACAGAACAAGAAGAACAAGAAAAACCAGCAAGGUGCUGCGCCCGCCUUUGCCGAUGACGAAUUUGACAUGGACGACAUGGACGACAGCGACGACGAGCUCCAUGACUUGCGCGACUGGCACGCCCAGGCAUCGGCGUCCACAGCUGUUGCGCUUGCGUCCGCCGCAAAACUGAAGUCAAAGCAGCGCCGCGCCGCUUCCUCUGCUUCUGGCGCGCGUGACAAAGGGUCAACUGCACCCGGCACGGGGCUUUCUCCCCCCGUGCUGGAAGCCGACUUUAGCUCCUUCCGCAUCGGCGAAGCCGUGCCGCUCCCAUCCAAGAAGAGCAAGCACAUCUCCCCAGCGCCACUGGUGCGGGGGCCCAACUUGGAGCAAGCCAUGGCCAAGGCGUGCAAGCAUCGGGGCGGGUACAAGACUGGGCGCUAUGUGAAGAAGAACCGCGAGUCAAACAAGCGUGCCCGUCGCAUGGUUCAACAAAACCCGAACCCUCGCACAGCCGUCGCUGACGAGGACGCGGGCAACCCUGUCAUCACACCCACCGUGCUUCCGCCAGAGCCACGGUGGUACUGGAAGGGUGACAACUACCCCAGACCCAACAAGCCGCUGACCCCGAUGGAGCGGCGUGCCCUCCACAACAUUUGCCAGAUUGCGCGAACCCGCGACUCAAAGCGCAGCAAGCUGCCGUGCGUCGAUACCGAGUUGAGAUUCAUCCACGAAUACGAGCGCCCCCUCUUCGAUGCCAUGCGCGCAAAGGGACUCGGCGCUGCUGUCCGCAACACCAGCGGAAGCAGCAGCGGUGACGCUGACGGUAACGGUGAUGGUGGUGUACAGAACAGCAGCACCACCACCACCGCAAGCACCGCCACCGCAAGCACCGCCACCACAAGCACUACCACCUUCACUAGUGGCAGCGGCGUCGCUGAAGACACUGCAGCAAAGGGCACCAGCACGGGGAGCAGAGGGGACGACGUGGGCGGUGUUGAGGCCGCUGGCACGACGGGCGGGAGCGGUGGCACUGGUCCUGCUGCUGUGGCCACUAGCGGGGAUGUUGACGGUGGCAACGGUGGCAGCGACAAUACCAAUGACAACAAGAGAAGCAACGACAACAAGAGAAGCAGUGUCAACGAUGAUGGCGAUGAUGAUGGCAGAUGUGUCCGCAUUCCUGCCGAAGUGUUGGACGCGUUACGCUCAUCUAGUUCCAGCGACAACGACGACAAUGAUGAUGAUGAUGAUGAUGGUGAUGAUGAUGAUGAUGAGGAUGAGGAUGAGGAUGCCACGGUUGUUGUCGAGCACAUGAUGAAGCCAUCGAAGGAAGUUGUGAAUCAUGAUUCGCCGUUUGGGGUGCGCGCCAAGGAGAUGAUGGCACGGGAGGACAGAUUACCGGACACGGCGCUGCCGUCGCGUCUUGUUCCCGCCAUCACGCAGUGGAUGCUCCAUCCGGUUCGCCGCCUGGUGCAGACCAUCUGGCAGCACACCAGGCAAGUGCUGCUUGACCCGUCGCAGUCUGCGCACCGGUACGCUGGGUACCGCGGGGCAACGAUACCUCCGGACGUGCUUGAGAUGAUCACCAUGGCAGUCAUUGAGGAGGUGCAGCGCUUGCUCCACGACUUUAUCAUCAUGGCCUUCAACGCACCCCCGGGAACGCCCUACCUCUCAACCAUACGCGCAGCGUCGUGGGAGUCGGUGCUCUUGGCUGCCAGCACAUCGUGGUCCAAAGUGCCAACACGCGUUGUGACCCGCACCCGGCGUCACCUUCAGUCUCGCUUCCCAACAGUGCAGCGCUACCGCAAGCUCUCCCAGUGGCGGGCGAGCGGGCACAGGCCGCAGGAUGCCGGCGCAAGGGCGAUGCGCAGUGGAUACAGAGUCACAGAUGCGAGGAUGGCAGACAUCAAGGGGUGGGGGCGGCUUGGUAUGCAGGGCGAACUGGACUUUCGCGUGCGUGGACGGGCGGAAAUACGGCGACAGGUUUACGCAUUGAUGAGCAAACGGCGGCGGAGGAAGAUUGACGUGUACAUCCGCGACAAGGACGAGCUGGUGUACCGAUACACGCGGUGGUGGAAGAGGCAGCGGGCGAUCAAGAAGCAGAAGGAGAGGGAGCUGCAAGAAGCACAAAUGGCAAAGGAGGAAGAGGUGCAGCAGGCCGAGGCAGGGAGGGGUGGGGCGGCGGUGACGGGGGAGGGCGGGGAGCAACGAGAGGCGACAGGGGCAGCGCCGAUGAAGGAAGAGGAAGUUCUGAUGGAAGAAGAGGACGAGGACGAGGACGAGUCGAUUGUGGAGGAGGAAGCAUUUAUGGAAGAGGAGGAGGAGGAAGAGAGGGCGGACACGGAGGAGGAAGAGGAGGAAGGGGAGAAAGACACAACAGAAGCACAAGAAGAAGAAGAUGACGAUGAAGACGAUGAAGACGAUGAAGAUGAGGAAGACGAGGAAGGGGAGAAGGAAGAGGAGAAGAGACGCGUUGUUGUGGACGAGGAGUCGAGCGAUGACGAGCCGCUUCCCCACGAUGUCUAUGACGAGGAUGCCGGCGACAGCGACAGCGAAAGCGAUGGGGACAACAGUGCCGUCGCCGAGAACAACAUCACCAUCACGGGCAUGGGUACCGAGAGCGUGAUGAUUGAGGAGGAAGAGGAGGAGGACAACAACGACGAUGAUGAAGACGAUGAGAACAACGAGAACAGCAACGACGACGACAACGAGAAUAACGACGACGCGAGUGGCAGCGUGAUCGAGAGUGCCGUGGAUGAGGAGGAUGAAAGUAUCAACAGUAAUAGUCACGUGGACAGUGACAACAACGACGACAAGGGAAAUGACACCGACGGCACGAUUGUCAUGAAUGAAGACGACAACGCCGAUGCGGAGGAAGUGGGCGACAACGACGAUGAUUAUGAUGAUGACGACGACGAUGAUGAAGAAAUGGUGAUGGGAAGUCAAGACUUGUUCAACUAA